GUUUCAAAACAGCUCAACUCAGACUGUGAAGAGCUGCUGAUUCUGAUAUUUGAUUUCUAGAAACUGUGACUUAAUUCUAUCAAAGAGCAGUUAGUGAGGAAUUGGCUGGUUAAAGAGUUUUCAGCAUGGACGUCCUGAGUGGGAUUCUUCUCCUCUGCUUGGCUGUUGGGCUUUAUGUCGUUUGCUCGCUGUACUUUCUACACAAUCCCUGGAUUCUUCAUAAGAGGAAACAGCUGAAAUUCUUCUGCAGAAACAUUUCACACAGAGCAGGUUCUGGAGAGAAGAUAGAAAACACAAUGGAAGCGUUUACACAUGCUGUGUCUGUGGGGACUGAGAUGUUGGAGAUGGACUGUCACAUCACAUCAGAUGGACAUGUUGUCAUUUCACAUGAUGACAACCUUAUGAGACAAACCGGAUAUGACCAAACAGUGUCGUCUCUUAGAUUCCAGGAUUUGCCUCUCUAUAAAGAGCGACUCGAGGUCACAUUUAAUGUUGGACACUACAGUACAGGAAAGGACAGGAAGUUUGUGUUGCUGGAAGAUGUCUUUAAGAAAUUUCCCAGCAUCCCAAUUAUACUUGAGAUCAAAGUAAACAAUGACUUGCUCAUCAAAAAGGUCUCUGAUCUUGUGAAGCAGUACAGCAGAGAAAGUAUUACAGUUUGGGCUUCUGAAGAGUCUGGCAUUAUGGCUAAAUGUAAAGAGCAGAACCCGUCCAUGCCUUAUAUGUUCACUGUGAAGCGUGGAAUACUGCUUUUAUUGCUCUUCUAUACUGGGCUGCUUCCCUUUGUUCCUCUGGGUGAAAGUCUGCUGGUCUUCUACCUGCCCAGGAUUUUCAACAGGACUUAUAUUCCAGAAGAAGCCAUUCUGCAGAAAAGCUUUGUGGUGUAUCUCAUUCAGAAGUUGACAAUGCGGAAGUCUUUGUUUGAACACUUGACCAAGAGGGGCAUCCAGGUCCAGCUGAUUGUGUGCAAUGAGGAGAGCGACAUGGAAGCAGCGUUUGCAGUCGGAGCUACAGGCGUUAUGUCCGACUACCCCACCCUCCUGACAAACUACAUCAGAAAACACCCUCCACCUCCACCUCCAACUAUUAGUGACUUCAAAAAGGAACAGAAUAAAGUGUCAGCAGAUAUUAAGCAAACAUUCUACUAAUGUAUGUAGUUGGCAGUGUUGGGAGUAAUGCAAGACACAUAAUCAGAUUACUUUUUCAAGUUACUAGUAAAGUAACGCAUUACUUUGAAACUUAAAAAAGAAAA